UCCGCUGCUCUGCGGCUCCGCGUGUCCACUGCGGUCAGGCGGUCGGGGCGAGCGGCGCUCAGCCUCCUGCUUUGUUCUCCAACCCGCAGCUCGCGGGGCUUCGAUCACUUCAGAACAUCGCGCGGAGCCGCUCCGCGUCCUUCGUUGUUGUUGGAGCGCUGUCGCGUGGAACUUGCAGGGGUCAGGAACGCAGGAGGGUGAGUGUGACGAGAACCCAGAGGGGAACAUGUCUGUCUUAACACCGAGGCUGUGUUAGAGGAGGAUCAUCUGAGGUCUUACUCCAGAAGCCUGCUCAGGAGAACCGAGCAGAACAUCAGCUCUUCGCUGUGAGAAGUUCUGAGGAGAACUCCUGCGCUGACCUCCUGCGGAGAGGGUUCUCUGAUACAGGACAGAGCUGGACGCUCCGGAUGGAACCCCUUGCAACCUCUAGACCGUGUCUGCAAGUGAACGACUUCAACAUAUCUGAGGCUACAAUCUCCUGACUCCCACCAUGCCUGAGCAUAAUGUGAUUGCUCUUUUUAAUCAGCUUGACAGCAGCUGGAGCUCCGGCAGCCCUCGGUUGCCAGUGGACAGGAACGUGAAGCCAUAAAUCUGGGAACAGCCUGGAACGAACAUCAAGCCCAGCAGCCACCUUUUAACGGAAGAGAAGCUGAGAAAAUCUCCAACCACAGCCAUGCCUGACCACGCCGCCCAUUAGUUUUAAGAUAAUUUAUACUCUGCUUAUGAGUCUGUCUUACAAUAGAACGUAUGGAUUUUGAUGCCUAGCAACUCCCAAAAUGGGAGCAGCACUGCCUGCAGCAAUUUGGGUGAAGUACCUGGCCUAAGGGUGUAAAGGCACAUUGGUUAUAUCUGAGGAACUGGUCUUCAGUCUAAGCACCAACCAAGAAAACCCCUACGAAUCCUGGGAUUCAGACUGGCAACUAUCUGGUUGCUGGUUCAGUUACCUUUUCACAUACCUUGAAACGUCUAUGCUGCCACCGACACUGGACUCUAAUAAAAUCAAAAAACUGUAAUCCCUGGACUGCGAGCAUGCCCCAUCUCAACGUUACCACUCUUUUCUCAAACAUCUCCAAUGGACCAGAAUCAGGGAAUCUGUACCGUCCAUUUUCUGUCUUCAGCGUCCUGACGCUCACACUCCUAGCCAUGCUUGUGGUGGCUACCUUUGUGUGGAACCUCCUGGUCCUGGUGACCAUCCUGAGGGUCCGUACCUUCCAUCGCGUCCCCCACAACCUGGUGGCCUCCAUGGCCAUCUCAGACGUGAUGGUGGCCGGUCUGGUGAUGCCACUGAGCCUGGUGCGGGAACUCUACGGCCGGCGCUGGAUCCUGGGUCGGAUCCUUUGCCAAGUUUGGAUAUCUUGCGACGUCCUCUGCUGCACGGCCAGCAUCUGGAACGUGACUGCCAUAGCCCUCGACCGGUACUGGUCCAUCACGCGGCACCUGGAAUACACGCUCAAGACCCGCAAAAGGAUCUCCAAUGUGAUGAUCGGACUAACCUGGCUCCUGUCCUCUGUCAUCUCCCUCUCGCCACUUUUCGGCUGGGGAGAGACUUACUCUGAGGAAGCUCUGGCCUGCCAGGUGAGCCAGGAACCUUCCUACACCGUCUUCUCCACGUUUGGGGCCUUCUACCUGCCUCUAUGCGUGGUACUCUUUGUUUAUUGGAAGAUCUACAAGGCUGCCAAGUUCCGCAUCGGAUCCCGCAAGACCAAUACCAUCAUGCCCAUGUCGGAGGUUAUUGAGGUGAAAGAGGCCAGUCAGCAGCCUCAGAUGGCCUUCACUGUGCGCCACACGGCCGUGUCCUUCCAGACGGAGGGCGAGACGUGGCGGGAGCAGAAGGAGCGGCGGGCGGCGCUGAUGGUGGGCAUCCUGAUCGGGGUCUUCGUCCUCUGCUGGAUCCCCUUCUUCCUGGCCGAGCUCAUCACCCCGCUGUGCUCCUGCGACAUCCCUCCGGCCUGGAAAAGCGUCUUCCUGUGGCUGGGCUACUCCAACUCCUUCUUCAACCCACUCAUCUACACGGCCUUCAACAAGAACUACAACAGCGCCUUCAGGAACCUCUUCUCCAGGCAGCGCUGAGUGACCGUGGCAGAGCAUAGGACUGUAGCGAUGAGUCGACAAUGUCGAUUAGUUGUAAAAUGAUGUCCAUUACAAACUAAAACACUGUACAAUGUUCGUAUGAUCUAUAAUAUAAUAUAACAGCUCUAUAAUGUUCAUAUGAUCCACACAGUCGCUCUGACAGACUGUAAUACACUACAGGAAG